AUGAAACUGAUGCUUAGACUGAAAGAGUUGGAAGGAAGAUUAGCCGAUGAAAGAAGGCUUGUCAACGAUGUGAAUGUUAAAUUGAAAGUUUUGUACGAUACAAGCGAACAAAAAGCUUUGCAGGAGAAAUGGCAAAUCCGUGAGGAACGUCAGAAACUGAACGUUGAAAAAGAAGCAUUCAAAAUAGAGCAGCGAAAAAUUUUGGAUUUAGUGGAGCAACAAAGAAACGAAAUUGAAGCUUCGAGGUCCGAUUUCCUGCGUGAGCAGCACGAUUUGCUAGUACGGAUGAUGGCUGCAAAAUCAUCGCUGGAGGCGGAAAGAGCAGCAUUUGAUACGCAACGUGAUCGGGAUGUUUUAAGGCUAAAAACGGAAGCUGAGCAACUGGAUAAUAAACUUAAGCAGAUAGUGGGCUUGGAACAAGCUCUGAUCGAGGAGUGCUUCGAACUAGAACGAUGUCGGAAACAAGUGGAAAGUGUCCAGACUGCUAUAAGGAGUAAGCAAACGCAGCGAAUGCCCACAUCGCUCGAUACUGUGCCGGACUUCGUCAUCGAUCCAUACACCAGCGAAAGGCCAAGUCAAUCGGAGAAGGGAAGUUACGAUGCCGUGCUGAAAAUGCACGCUGGAGCACUAGAUGAUAUGAAUUCUCGUCAGAAUUUGAAUAUGCGAAUGCCCACAUCGCUCGAUACUGUGCCGGACUUCGUCAUCGAUCCAUACACCAGCGAAAGGCCAAGUCAAUCGGAGAAGGGAAGUUACGAUGCCGUGCUGAAAAUGCACGCUGGAGCACUAGAUGAUAUGAAUUCUCGUCAGAAUUUGAAUAUGGUUUGA